CCGUUGAGCUCCUCCGCCUCGCCCUCGCACCGCGUCGCAGUCCGCAACCGCGCUCUCUCUAACCGCUUUCUUUCCUUCAUUUUUCUCUCGUAUAAUUCACCAUGUCGUUUGCCGGAAGACGUAGGGGCAACAAGGUCAAGAAGGGUGUUCAGUUCACCCUGAUGGUCGUCGGCGCGUCCGGCACUGGACGCACGACGUUCGUCAACACGCUCUGCGAGUCGGAGGUCCUCAACCAUAAGAUGUCUGACAACCCUGAGUCUGCGCACGUUGAGGAAGGCAUCAGGAUCAAGCCCUGCAACGUCGAGCUCGAGGAAGACGGCGUCCGCAUUGCGCUCACCAUCGUUGAUACCCCCGGCUUCGGCGAUAACAUUGACAAUGAGUUCGCGUUCCAGGAGAUCGUCGGCUACCUCGAGCGUCAAUACGACGAUAUCUUGGCCGAGGAGAGCCGUAUCAAGCGUAACCCCCGUUUCAGGGAUAACCGUGUUCACGCGUUGUUGUACUUUAUCCCUCCUACUGGCCACGCCUUGAGGGAGAUGGACAUCGAGCUGAUGCGCCGUCUUUCGCCCCGCGUCAAUGUCAUCCCCGUCAUCGGCAAGGCCGACUCUUUGACCCCCAGCGAGCUCCGGGGCUUCAAGAAGAGGAUCAUGGAGGACAUCGAGCACUACGACAUCCCCGUAUACAACUUCCCCUACGACGUCGAGGAGGAUGACGAGGAGACCAUCCAGGACAACAGCGAGCUUCGCGCCCUCCUUCCUUUCGCCGUCAUCGGUUCCGAGGAGGAGAUCGAGAUUGACGGCCAGCCCGUCCGUGCGAGGAUCUACCCGUGGGGUAUUGCCGAGGUCGACAACCCCAAGCACUCUGACUUCAGCCGUUUGAGGAGCGCGCUCUUGAACUCCCACCUUGCGGAUCUUAAGUCCCUCACUCACGACGUCCUGUACGAGACGUACCGUACCGAGAAGCUCUCGAGGACGGUGCACACCGACACCCACGACUCGUCAAUUCUCCCCGAGGAGCUCGCGACACAGAGCGUGCGCCUGAAGGAGGAGCAGCUUCGCAGGGAAGAGGAGAAGCUCCGCGAGAUCGAGCUCAAGGUCCAGCGGGAGAUCAACGAGAAGAGGCAGGAGCUGCUCGCGAAGGAGGAGUCGCUCAGGAAUCUCGAGUCGCGUCUCGCAGCGCAAGGAUCGCAGGGCGAGUUCCGGGGCGAUUAGGUGGCGACGACGACAAAAUGACGCGUUUGUGCGUUCAGAGUGGACGUUGGUCGAAAAGCGGCGGUCGUUUCCUUUCCGUUUUCCGUGCGAGAUUGCAGUAUACCCCCAUCUGUCUCCUCCUUCCUCUCUCCAUAUACUCCUGUGUUUUGUGUGUUGGUUCCAUAUAAGUUACACGCUCUUUGACUUGUGUCUCAUCCCUGACUCUUCGCUUCUUUUCCCUGGACCGUUACUGAUUCGGUUACAGUGUGUUUUGCGUGUUGGAUAAUACCGUCUGGUGUUCAGCUUCUGCGUUGUUCCAGUCUGUCUCUUCUGUUCGAUGUUUCUUUCUUGAAUUCAAUAGGAUACUCUAUAGUUCGGCUUUAUCG